UCGGAAGUUGUGUUUUCUUUGUGUAUCUCCGUUUAGUGUUGUUUUAUAUGGAGGAAGUAGCACUACGUAUUAAUUAUGUACGCAGUUUAAAUAUUUUAUUUUACUCGGCGUUACCCUUAGCGACCAUAUCGCGAUGCAUUUGUUGCUUUAUAUUUCUGGGUCUAUGAGCGGUGACCGGAUUUUUGUGCAGAGAGUUUGUUAACCCCGGUUAGCAAGCUAGCGAUCGAGCUAAGCUAACCUAGCUGCAAGUACUGUAAUCUGCAGCUAACUGGCGGAUAAACGUAUUUAGGACCAAACAGUCACAGAUCGUUAGCUUUUGUUUGUCGCUGACUGUCGCUCCCCUUGUAAACUAAGAGAAUGAGCUGAGGUGACGAAUGCGAUUUAAUGGUCUCUUCUAGGGAGAUCAUCUUCAGGAGAAGGAAUGGAUGAGCAGAAGUCAAACUGCGAAGAAAAUGAUUCGGAAAAAGCAGCUGAUGACGGUGCCUCUUCAAACGAGAUUGUCCCAUCUCAGGGGGAAUCAGAAGCCCCUUUUGCUGCAGAGGACAUCUCAGGCACUACUGUGGACCCUUCCAAUGCACCAGCGGAGAUUGUCAGAGCCUGUGCGCUUUGCAAUUGUGUCGAGAGAAGUCUUCAUGGACAGAGGGAGCUCCGGUGUUUCGGGCCCUCUUCCCAUUGGCCCAAUCUGGAGCCAUCUACCUCCUCACUGCCAUUAGCUGGAAAUGAUGACCUGUCUUCCAUUGGCUUCUCCGAACCCAUCAGUCCUGUGUCUCUCUUUGAUUACAAAGGAAGCUGUUGGGUUCACCACUGGUGUGCAGUAUGGUCAGAAGGGGUGCAAAUGGGCGAUGUAGAAGAGCUGAUAAAUGUGGAUAAAGCGGUCAUCUCAGGGAUACAGCAGCCAUGUGAUUAUUGUAAAAGGAUGGGGGCGACCAUCAGGUGCCGUGCUGUUGGUUGCUCACGGUCCUACCACUUCCCUUGUUCGGCUGCGAGUGGAUCGUUUCAGUCCAUGAAGCAGUUGGCUCUUCUGUGUCCUGAACACAUAGACCAGGCAGAAGAGAUGGCUGGAGAGGAGGCACGCUGUGUGGUAUGUGACUCUGCAGGAGAGCUGACAGGGUUACUGUUCUGCACAGGCUGUGGGCAACACUAUCAUGAUGCCUGUCUUGAGAUCAGUGCCACACCGCUCCAGCGCUCUGGCUGGCAAUGCCCAGAGUGUAAGGUGUGCCAAACCUGCAGGCAACCGGGGGAAGACUCCAAAAUGCUGGUCUGUGAUGCAUGUGACAAGGGCUAUCACACAUUUUGUCUGCAGCCAGCCAUGGACUCUGUACCCCCUGAUUCUUGGAAGUGCAGAAGGUGUCGUGUGUGCACUGACUGUGGAGCUCGAGGUCUUAUUCUCCCUGGCUCUGAGCAGUGGUUUGAAAGCUAUUCAGUGUGUGAAAGCUGUCAGCGACGGCGCAUAUCUGUCUGUGGGGUUUGCAGUAAGGUCACUGAGUCAUCUGUCACACUACAGCACCGCUGUUCCAUCUGUCACAGAUGGGUACACAGUGAGUGUGCAUCAGUCUCGGAACCUCCAGAUGAAAAAUGCACCUGCAUUAUCUGCAGAGAAGCACAGAGUGUUGUCUCUGAGGCACAGCAGUCAUCUACACAAGUAGACGAAAAAGCCGAUCCAGAGGAGCUGAUGGAGUUGGAAACAGAAUCUGAAGUUGUUGAAAUGGAAGAAGUUCACAAGAGCAUUAUGGAAGAGGGAUCACCGCAAGAGAAAACUGUGGUUUCUACUGAUCCUCACUUUGAUGGUCAGGGCUCUCCUAAGGAGCAGACCCCUGUGGCCAGUGAUUUAGGUGUAAGUGAUGCCAGCAGACUCACGCAAGACCAUAGAGAAUCUGUUGCUGAUGGUGCUGUUAAUAUGGUGGAUGAAUCUAAAGCUCAGGCCACAGUGGACAGCUUUGCUAACACCGUCACUGACACUAUGCUGGGAUCAGAAUCUAAAGUGGCAGAGGCCCAUGAAGAUGUUCAGCUACAAGAGGAAGUCAGCAGACAGGACGGAAAGGAAUUGAGCAGCGAUUCGAAUGCUACGGAAACGGAACCUGCUCCGCUGUCUUGCUCAUCACCACCUUCUCAAAUUCCUCUCCCUGCUAUUUUAGAUAAGGUAGAGCCUGUUCCAAUGGACCUCUCAGAGGCAAGGUCAGAGGUGCCGAACGAGGAGGUUUCAGAAAGGACUUCUCCCUCUGUUGCUCAGGUGGAACCCUCUGCCUCAGACACAGACGAGCGAGUGGGUCAGUCAGAGGAGGAGGAGGAGGAGGAGGAUGAUGACGAUGAUGAUGAGGAAGAAUUGUUAGAUGAGGCACACUGUAAGGAUGAGAGUCAGGCUGAAGAUGUUCCAAAGCAUGAGGCUAUUUCUCAUGAAACGAGCAUCAAGCCAGAACUGCUCCUGGAUGAGAUGUCCAACAUGAGCCAUGGUGAUGAGAGCAGCAGUGGCUUCCUAGGCUCACCAGCAGAGGUGGACUCCCAGAUGCUGUCUAUGGACCUUAGUGUUAUGCCAGCAGGCAGGGCACGCUCUGAUUCCCUGCUCACUGAGAGUGAUGAGUUUAUGCCGUUUGACGCUCUCAAGUCUGAUGGAGAGAAGUUAAAGCGGCGAGGAUCUCCAGGUCGCUCCAGAGUGAAACAGCACGGACGGGGCAGUGGUUUCCCAGGAAAGAGGCGACCACGAGGUGGAGGAAGUGGAAGAGGACGAGGACGAUCACGUCUCAAAGCUAUGGCCUCUUGCAUUGAUGCUUUCUUACAAACAAUGACUGCCGAUACUGGAUUGAACAAAGAGGAUGAGGAGGAAGAAGAUGACACAAUGCAGAAUACAGUGGUGCUUUUCUCCAACACUGAUAAAUUUGUCCUUUUGCAGGACAUGUGUGUAGUAUGUGGCAGUUUUGGACGAGGAGUAGAGGGCCAGUUGUUAGCUUGUGCUCAGUGCUCCCAGUGUUACCAUCCAUACUGUGUAAACAGCAAGAUCACUAAGAUGAUGCUAAGAAAAGGCUGGCGUUGUCUUGAGUGUAUUGUUUGUGAGGUGUGUGGGAAGGCCUCUGAUCCUUCACGGUUACUGCUGUGUGAUGACUGUGAUGUCAGCUAUCACACCUACUGCUUGGAUCCACCACUGCACACAGUGCCAAAAGGAGGCUGGAAGUGCAAAUGGUGUGUGUGCUGUAUGCACUGUGGGGCCAGUUCACCAGGGUUUCAUUGCGAGUGGCAGAAUAACUAUAAUCACUGUGGCCCUUGUGCCAGUCUGGUCACAUGUCCUGUAUGUCAUGAGAACUUCAUGGAAGAAGAACUGCUUUUGCAAUGCCAACACUGUGACAGAUGGGUACAUGCCGUAUGUGAGAGUCUCUAUACCGAAGAUGAGGUUGAACAAGCCUCUGACGAGGGCUUUGCCUGUACAGCUUGUACUCCUUACGUUCCCAGACGUGUUGUGGAGUCUCCAAUGAUGUCAGCAUUCAAAAUAAAAGAACCUGAGCCACAAUUCUACCGUCUUGAAGGUGUCUGGCUCACAGAGGCAGGAAUGUCUUUACUACGCAGUAUUUCUAUGUCACCUCUGCAUAAGCGAAGACAGCGGCGGUCCCGCCUGGGUACCAUCUGUAUUGAUGGAGCUUCUGAAGGUCUGGAGCCGAAAGAGGGUGAUGGUGAAGGAGAGGAAGGGAAAGGGUGUGCUGAGUCAAUGGAGUGCGAGUCUAAACUGGAAGCUCCUGGCAGCCCAGAUCAUGACGUUGGUUUGGACAAGGAGCCAGGGGCUGAUGGAAGUAACGAGGGCAUGGCUGACUGUGAUGUUCUUAAAGGAGGAGAUGAAACAGACGAGAGAAAGAAGAGAAAGCGUAAACCGUACAGACCAGGCAUCGGAGGAUUCAUGGUUCGGCAGAGAAAAUGUCACACACGGAUGAGGAAAAGUCUGUCUUCAUGUGGUGAUGGUGUGUCUGAAGGACAGGCAACAGAGACAAAACUUGAAGAAGGCCCUCAUCCUGACAUGGAUCCACCUGAAGUUAAAGCAUUGGAAGGAGAUGGUGAACUCGCUAAAAAACGUAGAGGGAGAAAGAAAAGCAAAUUAGAAGACAUGUUUCCUGCAUAUUUGCAGGAAGCUUUUUUUGGAAAGACAUUACUUGAACUGAGUAAAAGGGCUUUUCUGGCCCCUCCAGCCCAGAGACAUUUUCAGGGCAUGCCAAGACCCUCAUUACCUGUUCCUGGCUGCAGAACUGUAGUUUCAGAAUCAGUAGAGGUUGAAAACCGUGCACCUGAAGCAACCCUGCAGCUUAAGAGAGAGGCUGAUUGCUUAAAGCCUCGAGAAGAUAUAAAAUUAACCGCAGGAGUAGGUGAGCAGCCCUCUGUCAGUGAUCAGAGUUUAAGUAACACCCCGGCUUCAAACAUUCAGAAAAAUGGAGGUCUUCCACGCGGGACAGAAAAGCAAGAUUCUGAGCAGUUCUUCCGUAAGGUACUUGGACCCUCAGAAGGGAGCACACUAAGUGGGUCAGUUCAAACUAGUGCAAGGCCUGUUCUGGAAGGGGAGAGUAAUCGCACUGGUUUGCCCUUAAGAAACCUUCCUGGUGCUUCCACGUCUGGCUCAUUACCUUCAGCUAGUAUGAUGGAGUCUUUUCAGUCUCCAUUUUUUGAUCCACUUGAUCGUGGUGGAAUUUUCAGUCCAGAACAGGACGAGGAAAGCCCUUGGGCAACACCUUCCACUCCAGCCACUCCCACUACUCCUCCAACUCCUACUGAACAGGAGGGAGAUGGCCUAUCAUACAAUCAGCGAAGUUUACAGCGCUGGGAAAAAGAUGAAGAACUUGGAAAUCUAUCCACGAUUUCUCCUGUUCUCUAUGCUAACAUCAAUUUCCCUAAUCUCAAGCAGGACUAUCCUGACUGGGCAAGUCGCUGCAAGCAGAUAAUGAAGAUUUGGAGGAAAGUGUUAGCUCCUGACAAGGUUCCCUUUUUGCAAAAGGCCAAAGAUAACAGGGCAGCACAGAGAAUCAGCAAGGCACAGAAGCAAGCAGAGAGUCAGGUGUUAAGGCCUGUUAAAACUGAACCAGUACGGAUAAAAGGGGAGCGCCCUAACCUGCACCUUCAAAUUCCACCACCCUCUGGCUCUCUUUCUACAUCUUCUCAACCUAGCUCUGCUGAAAGUGCAUUUCCCUUUACCCCAGACACUGCAUCGUCAGUCUUUUCUCCAGAUGGACCUCUAAAGGCUUCAGGUUCAACAGACAUUCAUAGCGACUCCUUUCCCAAGCCUCUAUCUCAGUCUCCACGUGCUCAAUCUCAGCCAUCAACUCCCUAUUCACAGCCUUCCUUUAGCCCUCUGCAUUCUUCCUCAGGUUACCCUUUACCUGGCCAACAGGGUGCUCCUCAGGGACGGCCAGCCAGUCUUGGUUCUUAUGAUAUGCAGCCAGGAAUGUCUCGUAAGGCUCAGCAGGUUGACCCAUUCUUUAAACCUCAGCAGCAGGUCUGUCCACCCCAACAGGGAGCUCAGGAACCUGUUGGCCUACCUGAAAGUCCUCGACCAAAAGCAGUUGGGACUGGAGACCCUCCUUUGUUCUCUUCACCCCACUCAACUCACCAUGGAGACCCAAUUCGUGGCCGACAAGAGUGCAUUUCCUCUUUAUCCCCCUCGACUGUUGCUUCGCCAGGAGGAAUGUUGCAAAACAGGGCGGAGAUGAGUGCUCCUUCUCCCCGUGCUUCUACUGGUUUAGGCACAAGUUCCCCUGCACUGGUGGGGGACUCUGGAGAUAGCUUGUUCAAAGCUCCUAUGACACCACGCAUGCAUCAGGGUGAUGCUGGGACAUCAUCUACACCACUUCCCCCUAGUCUAUCUCCUAAUCAUCCUCCCGAGAGCUAUCGUCAGUCUCCUUCUACUUUUUCUGAUUCCUGUGUUCAGUCUCCUCUAACACCCAGGCCACAGUCAGGAGACGGUUCAUCCCCCUUGCACCAGAGACCGCCUAUAUCCCAGCAGGAAUCUUAUCCAAAGGUUCCCUCUAGCCCUCAGUCACAGGGUAGUUCUCCACUUACUCCAGGAGCACUCUCUAAUGAUGGAAUAUCUGUGCAGUCACCAGCUACUCCAUGCUUUCAGUCCCCAGACCCUCACUCAGGGCCACCCUCACGACCUCAAUCCAGAGACCCUUUCACUUCACUGCAUAAACCUCCUCGUCCAGCCUCAACGGUCUCAGAGGCUCCCUUUAGAGGAUCACCUCAUUCCAACCAGCAGCCUCCCUGUUCACCAUCAGUAGGAGAUCCACUGAGUGGAAAACCACUUGUUUUUAGUCGCAGCCCCAGCAUGGAUAGCCUUCAAAUUAGCCAGACACAAACGGUUGUCUCAAAGCAAGUAAUAACUUCCCAGCAAGCUCAGGGUCAAAUCCAGCAAUCCUCAACUAUGCCUCCAACCAUGGCUGCUGAUUUGGGUGCUAAGACACAAAUAGCACCCGGAAAUAAAGAUUCACAUCAUUUACCAGUCAUAGCAAGUACCCAAGAGUUGCCUGACCUUUCAGCUGUACAGGACCAGUCGAUUAUUGGCCUUAGUCCAUCGGAGCUUGAAAAGCACAGACAGAAACAGAGACUUAGAGAAUUUCUGAUAAGACAAAAAAUGCAAAAAAACUCCCUUCGGCAAGAGAAGGAAGCAAAUGCACCCAAUAAUAAUGCUCCAAAUUGGCAAGAAGCUGAAAUGGCUGUUUUUCAACAAGAUAAAUCUCAGCGAGCACCACCUCCUUAUCCACAGGACAGAGCAGCUGUUGCUCAAGAUGCUGUCCCAGGCAAGCUACCUCUACCUAUGGGGACAGUAGAUGAGAAGUUGUGCCACCCUCCUCCUCCUCUUCUUCAUGGAAACCCUGGUAUAAUGGACCCUAAUGUGCAACGGCAACCUGGUGCUAAUGUUUCCCAGGGGAUGUAUCCUCGUCCACCAUUUCCUACACAGUGGCAAGGUCAGGUUGCUAACCCACGUAGGUUUCCACAACCAUCUAUGAUGGACAUUGGAUCCAGGCACCAUCUAAAUGCUUCUUUAAACAACCCUCUUGGGAUGCAAGGCCUGCCUAAUCCUCUUGCUGUGUCACAAGGCACUAGACCUGAGACAAUGCAACACUCCAUGUCUGGACCUCCACCACAGUUCAUAGAAUUAAAACAUAAUGCCCAGAGGCUACCAAUUGGACCGCAGUUUUUGGCAAGGGCAGCUCAGCCCCGACCACACCUAUUUAUACCACAGCAAGACGUGCCUGCUGGGUUUGUCCCAACAUCUUUACCACCUUCUUCUUUUUCUACUCAGGGAGAAGGUGGGCAAGGUCCCAGACUUGGGUUGCCACAAGCUAACUUGGGCCAAUUAAUGACACAGCAAAGCAAUAUUCCUUCAUCCCAACCCCAGCUACAGCCACACGAGGUCCCAUCAACCCAUUCAAACACACCUGUAUCCCACUCAACUAUUCAGCAGCAGAGUUCUCAAAACAAUGCUGCGGGAGAACAGCAGACUGUGGAAGAGACUGUGGACUUACCAGAGGCUGAACUCGAGGACCAUUUUGUAGCCAAAGACCUUGGAGAAGCAGGGGCGGAAGCUGGAGUUGAAGAUGAGGAUGAUCUUGCACUCGACUUGGAUCCCGAUAAAGGAGAUGAUGAUUUGGGAAACCUUGACAACCUUGAAACUAAUGAUCCCCAUUUGGAUGAUCUCCUUAACAGUGAUGAGUUUGACCUGCUUGCAUAUACUGAUCCUGAGCUUGAUCAGGGUGAUCCCAAGGAUGCUUUUUCUGACCAGCUACGGCUUGUUGAAGCAGGUGAAGGUUCAGGCACUAAGGUGGAACAGAAAGCUAAAGUUGGUGCAGCUGCCAAGCAGUCACAUGGAGCUUCCACACAGCUGCAUUUAAAGACUGAGGCUUCCACAGCUUCUGGUGAUUCUCUUCCCCCCAAGUCAGAGUCCUCAGAUACCAGUGAACUUGCUGCAGUUAAACUCAAAGAGAAAAGCUUGCUUGGUUCUCACCAGUCGAUACAGAAUGUGGUUAAAGAUGAUAUGGGGGAAGCUGUCUCUUUGCUUCUUAGUGGAGGACCAUCCAAGGUCUCAACCCAGCCUGAGAAUUCAUCUGCCUCACUAAGCACUGUCCGCUUAGGUGGCGUUCAAUUUCCCCCUCCAACCCAAGCUAAUACACUUGCAUUUCCUCCAGCUACACCACAUCCAGAUCUACCUGAAGAUCCACUUGCUCUACCAGAUGGGGGUGGCCGACACUCGCCUGCAGUUGAUCUUGACAAAGUAGAAAGCUCACUAGAGGCGAGUGAACUGCCUCUAUUAAUUCAGGACUUACUAGAACAUGAAAAGAAGGAGCUUCAGAAACAGCAGCAACAGCAGCAGCAAUUGAAUGCUCUACAAGGGGGGUUGGGCAGUCUUCAUAAUAUUCAGAAUCAGCAACAGGCGUCUGGUGGUCCAGGCCAGAUCUUACUACCCCAUCAUCGUCCUCCACAGGGUAUUGUGAGUCAAACAGGAAUGGUACCAAGGCCUCCUCACAUGCUAACUCCCCAGCAGCAGAGGAUGCUUAGUGUGCCAGUCCCUCCACCUGCUCAUGUGGCAGUCGUGCAACCACAAGCCAUGUUAAGAGCUGGACAGCCAAGCAGCAUUCAUCCAGCUCCUGAGCCACAGCAGCAAGCAGCACCACCUCAACACCAUCCAAAACCACAGACAGUACCUACCAACUUUUUCCCAGAUAAAGAUCUGGAUAAAUUUAUGACUGAUGAUAUAAUGGACCCUAUUGCCAAAGCAAAAAUGGUGGCUUUGAAAGGCAUUAAAAGGGUGUUGACUCAAGACCCCAUGAAUGUCCCACCUGGAAUCAAUAGGCAACAGGUAUCGCUUUUGGCCCAGAGGUUGGCUUCAACACCAGGAGGUACAGACACUCAGACCCACAUUGGUUCUGGAUCAUCUAAGGAGGGGGAAAGCAGUGAUAAAGCCCAGCCACGACCUAAUCCUCCACAAUUUGUCCAAGGCAUCAUCAAUGAUGCUGAACAGCACCAAUAUGAAGAGUGGCUUGUACAUACCCAGCAACUGCUACAGAUGCAGCUAAAAUUUCUGGAGGAACAGAUAGGAGCACAUCGUAAAUCCCGCAAAGCACUUUGUGCUAAGCAGCGUACAGCUAAAAAAGCAGGACGGGAAUUUGCAGAAGCAGAUGCUGAAAAGCUGAAACUGGUCACUGAAGAGCAAAGUAAAAUCCAGAAACAGCUGGAUCAGGUACGUAAGCAACAGAAGGAGCACACCAAUCUGAUUGCUGAAUACAGAAGUAAGCAGCAGCAACAUCAACAAGGCUCAUCCAUGCUUGCACCAGGUCCCUCAAACCAGGCACCCCACUUGCUUUCUAAGCUGCCAGGACAGAUGAUAAUGGGUCAACAAGGAGGACUGAUAAUGGGUCAAGUACCUGGAGGCAUUCCUCAAGGGGGAAUGCCAGUUAGAAUGCCACAAGGGCAUCCAUUUACAGCAGGCCAAACUCCUCACCCUGGGGCACUUGGUACUGGGCCACCUGCCCCAAAUAGUGGAUUUUUUCCACAACCGACUGGUGCACAGAUCCAAGGACCAGAUCCAAGGAUCCUUCAGGAAAGGCAGAUGCAACAAAGGAUGCAGAUUCAAAAACUGCAAUUUAUGAUGGGUCAGCAACCUGUGACGCAUCAAAGCCAACAGCCUGGUGUUAUAAAUAAGCAGGCAGGACCUAUAGGUGGUCAGGCACCCCAGGCAUUGAUGAGCAAUGCAUUAAUUGGGCAGCAGCAACCAAACUUACAACCAGGAUUAAUAACUAACCAGCAACAUCAACAAGGCCUUAUGCAGGUUCCUCAGGGCAUGAUGGGAAACCAGGCAGUUGGGCAGGCACAAUCAAAUAUCAUGGCACAGUCAAUGACUCCUAAUCAAAAUUUAAUGACUGGUCAAACAGGCAUGGCUGGAAAUCAACCUGUGCAGCUGCAGAGACCUCAGGGUUUGAUGGGCCAACAAGUUCCCAGUGAACCACAGCACGUUCUUAGAGGACCACAGGGCCAGUUUACUGCUCAGCAGCAGAGUGUCCUGGCACAGCGGAUGCUUCUUUCACAGCAACAACAGAAUGCAGCAAAGAAUAUUGCACAGCUCCAACAACAGCAAAUACCACAACAGAGACAACUGACACAAAUGGGUGCAACAGAACAACAAGGAAUGGUGGGAACAUCUCCUUCAAGUGGCACUCAAGGGAAUGUUGAUAAUUCGCAGCAGGGAGUUCCAGUCCUCUCUCAAGAUGUUCAAAACCCAGCGCCUAAAGAUGGUGGAAUUCUUAGCCCUAAAACUCCACCUCAGCAAGGUGGAUCCUCAACUCCAAUCCAGAUGCAGCAAGGGCCAAGUGGGGAUCUGCAGGGAGCAGUUGGUCAGCAACCAGCAGCUGUUACGUAUUUGAUUCCACAACAUCAAGCAACACCGCUGCAACCGGGGCAAAAUGUUGGACCAGCACAACAUAGUUAUGUGAACAACCAGCAGGCUGUGAUACAAAAUCAAGAACAGAUGCAACUUGCUUUACAACGGCAAAAUUCACUUAAUACAGAAGUGAAACAGGAAGGUCAGCAAAUGUGUUAUGUUGCUCAGCAGCUACAACAGGGAGGUCAAAAUGUUGCACAAAUUCAGGGCAUUUUAGCACAGCAGAGUGGCCAGAAUCAGGCUGUAAUAACCGGUAAUCCAAAUCAGCAACAAGAUGUAUUGGCCCAACAACAGCUAAAUAGAACUCAACAAAUAAUGAUGAAUCAGAGGGCAGGUGCACCUCCUGGGCAAAUUCGAGCUCCUAUUAACAUCCAAGCCUUAAUUGCACAGAACCCUCAGUUAUGUCACCUACCUCCUAACCAGCAGUUGCAGCAAAUUCAGGCAAUGAUUGCUCAGCGGCAGGGACAAAUGCUACAAUUGCAGGGACAGACACAGGGCCAAAUUCGACCACAAGGUCCACAACCUGUUGGUCCAAGAAUGCCAGGGCUUGAGGCACAGCAGCAGCAUCCUUAUGCUUUUGUUGCUAAGCAGGGUCCAGUUGGAACUUCACAGCAGCAAGGAGUGAUAUGUCAGCCCUCUGUCAUGGCUCCACAGUUUCAGAAUGCUGGUUCACUGCACCCUCAACAAACCUCACAAGGAGUCUCGCCUCAAUACAACACAACCACCCAGCAACAGCAGCAGUUGAUGCAGCAGCAGCAGCAUCAAAUGAUGAGAGGCCAGGUACCUUUGGCACGACCAAUGAUCAGCCAGGUUCGCCCAACACCUCUAGGUCAUAUGGUAAGACCAAUGUCUCCUCGUCAGCUAAUGGGCCAGGGCUCACCUGGCAGCCCCCAUUCUGGUCAGCAAAGACAAAUCAUGGGCAUGCGCCAGACUCCACCAGGCCAAGGGCAGUGUCUUGGCGUGAGGGCACUUAGCCCAUUUCAGGCUUCUCCUUCUCAUGUUGGGUCUCCUGCUGGUUCUACUGUUCAAGAAUCAGCCUCAAGUCCAGGAUCUUAUAAUAAACAUGAUUUUGGUACUACUUCUGUCUCUAACCACCCGUCACCUGCAUCUAGAUCAGACUGUGGGGCUGGAAAAAACAGUCCAUUUGGUAACAUUGGCACGACAGCAGCCUCACCAUUAAGAUCGCCUAUAUCUAAGACCCCACAGGAAGUAUUAGGCCUCAAGUCUGAGCCUCAGGUCCCAGGGGCCCAAAAGCCAAUAGCUGCCAUUCCACUUAAUGGCCCAUCUCCUAAAUUGGCAUCAAACCUGCCACAGGCAUCAGUUUCAUCAGCUGUAGUUGAAGGUGACAUGUGUAAUGAAAGAGAUCUGUGCAAGAUCUCCCUACAAAAUAUAAAACAGGAACCUAGAGAGAUUAAUUGUGACUCAGGAGAUAGUGGAGAGGCUUCUUCGGCAACUGUUAAGCGAGAAAUCACUGGUGACCCACUUAACACCGGCAAUAUUUCAGGCCCUGGAAAUCCCCCAGGUGACCCUAUGGGCCAGAUUCCCAGAACAGAGACCGGCCAACAACUUCUGCAGAAGCUCCUUCGAACCAAGAGUCUUCAAAUGCCAUCGCAGAGGACAUCUGAUGGUAUCCACAAUGAAAUAAAUGGGCAUAUUAACAGUAAACUCGCGAUGUUGGAGCAAAAGCUUCAGGAGACACCACGCAACAUGGAGGAUCUCCAGUCAAUCACUAAAAGACCACCUGUAACAAAAGCUAAGCGGCCUCCAAAAGCUGGAGAGCGUGGAGCAAAUGCUCGAAAAAAGAACAAAAAAGAUGAGGUUGGAAAAACAGAAGCAAUAAUGAAGCAGAUUAAACAAGGACUUUCUCUUCUACCUUUAAUGGAACCCUCCAUUACUGCUAGCCUGGAUUUGUUUGCUCCUUUUGGCAGUAGUCCAGCCAAUGGCAAAACACAGUUGAAGGGCUCUUUUGGAAAUGCAGUAAUAGACAAUAUUCCAGACUACUAUUCCCAGCUCCUUACUAAGAAUAACCUCAGCAAUCCCCCAACACCACCUUCGUCACUUCCUCCAACUCCACCUCCUUCAGUGCAGCACAAGCUUCUGAAUGGAGUGACUGCAGUAGAGGACCUAGCAGGAAGCCAAAAAGAGAGAGAGACUUCAGAGGACAUGACAGACUCUGUUCCUGAAGAGGUAAAGAGUGUGGACAUACUAGCAGCACUUCCCACUCCUCCACAUAAUCAGAAUGAAGAUGUGAGGAUGGAGAGUGAUGAUGACAGUGAUGUUCCGGACACCAUUAUUCCCGCAUCAUCACCCGAGAGCCAGUUCGGGGAUGAGCCACGCCUCUUCCCACACCUAUUGGAGCUUAAAGAAGAGGAGGAAAAUAGACCUAUUUCUCCUGUUAUUCCAAUGAUUCCACGCUCUGCUAUCCCUAGUUUCGCAGAUACUAAACCAUUUGAGGCGAUAGAGGGGAAGGCUGGUUCCUCAUCUGGUUCCUGGGACAAGGCAAAGAGCAAUGAAGUGUCUGUUACCUUUACCCUCUCAGCAGCUGCAGCCAAGAAUCUAAACUCUGUGAUGGUGGCAGUUGCCCAGCUACUGCAAACGCGUAUACCAGGGUCCUAUGAAGUGGCUUUCCCACGGAGUCCUGGUAGAGCAGCUGGUGUUGGUCCUGGGAAAGUACCUGACUCCUCAAACCCAGGACACCCAUAUGUAAAGACUGAUUCAUCUGCAAACCAAGAUGCAGACUGGCUUAAGCAGUUUGAUGUCACCUUGCCAGGCUGUACUCUAAAGAAGCAAGUUGACAUUUUGUCUCUGAUCAAACAGGAAUACACCGAGCAAGAGGAUCGACCAGCUCAGCACUGUUACAUGACCAAUGUGUCAGACCUUGAUGUGCGCCAUCUUCCCAUUAUUCCUGUUGAGGUUUCUCCACCUCCUUCACCCCCACCACCAAUACCACCACUGCCACCUAUCAGUGCUGAACCAGAACCUGUCACUCAGUCUGAUCCUCACACUCAACAAGAAUCUGAACCAGAGCCUCCUGCUCAGCCCAAGUCACCAGCCUCCUCUAGCCCCAGUGCUCCGAUUAAAGCAGAGGCACCAAGUGAACCUUUGACAGCUGAAUUUCAGAGCACUUCUGUUAAGAUUGAGCCUGAGGAGGCCCCAUUAGCCCCUCCAGUUGCACCACCUGAGGAGGCAGCUUCUGUUUCAGUAUUUGCCUCAGCAUCUCAGGGGUCUCUGAUUAUUGAGGUCUCCCCCAAACCCAUUAAACAGCGCAGGCUGUUCUCAGAGGAAGAGGAGGUACGUCCCAAAAUUAAGAAGUGGAAAGGUGUGCGCUGGAAGCGUCUUAAUUUGGUCAUUACCAUACGUAAAGGAAGCUCCAAAAAGGAGAACAGUCGAGAGGUGUCUGAACUCAUGGAGCGCCUGCGAAUCACACUCAGACCAGAGAAGCUGCCACGUGAUAAGCGCAAGUGCUGCUUUUGCCACGAAGAAGGCGAUGGUCCUACUGAUGGUCCAGGUCGUCUUCUUAACAUCGAUGUAGAUCUGUGGGUGCAUCUCAACUGUGCGCUGUGGUCUACUGAGGUCUAUGAGACUCAGGGAGGUGCACUCAUCAAUGUAGAAGUAGCACUUCGGCGUGGACUUCGCACACGUUGUGCAUACUGCCAGAAGACUGGGGCCACCAACAGCUGUAACCGUCUUCGCUGCCCCAACGUCUACCAUUUUGCCUGUGCCAUUCGAGCACGCUGUAUGUUUUUCAAAGACAAAACAAUGCUGUGCACCCAGCAUAAGCUGAAAGGCCCCAGUGAGGAGGAGCUCAGCAACUUUGCUGUCUUCCGAAGAGUGUACAUCGAGCGAGACGAAGUAAAGCAGAUCGCCAGCAUCCUUCAGCGUGGUGACCGCAUACAUCUUUUCCGAGUUGGUGGGCUCAUCUUCCAUGCUGUGGGGCAGCUCCUUCCAUCUCAGAUGGCUGCUUUCCACUCGCCUACUGCCAUCUUUCCUGCAGGUUAUGAGGCAACGCGCAUCUACUGGAGCACCCGUGUGCCAAACCGACGUUGUCGUUAUCGGUGUCGCAUCAGUGAGCAGGAAGGCAAACCCUUGUUUGAAGUGCGUGUGCUGGAGUAUGGACAGGAAGAUCUACAUUUCCGUGACAGUAAUCCAGAUGGCAUAUGGAACAACAUUGUGCAGAAAGUUGCCAAGCUGCGUGAAGAGACAGCCAUGCUGAAACUCUUUGCUGAUCAUGUAAAGGGGGAGGAAAUGUAUGGACUUACUGUCCAUGCAGUGAUGCGCAUCACUGAGUCGCUUCCAGGGGUGGAGAACUGUCAAAACUACACGUUCAGAUAUGGCCGUCAUCCUCUCAUGGAGCUUCCUCUUAUGAUCAAUCCUACUGGUUGUGCUCGCUCUGAGCCUAAGAUUCUCACACACUGCAAACGGCCUCAUACACUGAACAGCACAAGUAUGUCUAAAGCCUACCAGAGCACGUUUACAGGGGAAAUCAACACACCCUACAGCAAGCAGUUUGUUCACUCAAAGUCCUCCCAGUACAGGCGGUUAAAGACAGAAUGGAAGAACAAUGUGUACCUGGCUCGCUCUCGCAUCCAGGGACUGGGCUUGUAUGCAGCUAAAGAUUUGGAAAAACACACAAUGGUCAUUGAGUACAUUGGUACCAUCAUUCGUAAUGAGGUGGCAAAUAGACGGGAAAAAAUCUACGAAGAGCAGAACCGUGGGAUCUACAUGUUCCGCAUUAAUAACGAGCAUGUAAUAGAUGCCACCCUCACUGGCGGCCCAGCUCGUUAUGUGAAUCAUUCCUGUGCGCCUAACUGUGUUGCGGAAGUUGUGACAUUCGACAAAGAGGAUAAGAUCAUCAUCAUUUCCAGUCGUAGAAUCCCCAAGGGUGAGGAGCUGACAUAUGACUAUCAGUUCGACUUUGAGGACGAUCAGCACAAAAUCCCUUGUCAUUGCGGAGCCUGGAAUUGCCGAAAGUGGAUGAACUAAUGGGGAGGGAAUGUGCAAGACAUGCCUUUGCUCCCUGGUGCCAGAACAUUUCUGCGCCAAAGCCUCGUUUUAACAUUACUACCCAGAUCAUAAGCUGUUCUGACCCAAGAGGAGGGCAAACGUUUACUCUCCAGCUAAAAGAAAAGACUUUUGUUAUUUACACCAGGAGCCAAAGCUUUGAAGAGAGUAUAUUUAAAACUACAACUCAUUUUCUGAUGAGCUCAAAUGUUUGCUUGAAUCUUCUUGUGGAAACUCGCCUCUGCCAAAAGCACCUCCUUCCUACUUCCUCUACUGUUCUUCUCCAAUAAGCUGGCUGGAAUCAAUCCUCUCUACAUCUACCAAAAUGUUUGAUUCUGUAUCAUAUCAAUACACUUAGGGUAGAACUCGGUGAAGAAAGUUUUAUUAAAGCCAUUCACGUACUCGAAAAUGAACUAAUACUUUAUCUUUGGACCUAGCUUUGUUGUUUUUAAUUUUUUUGUUUGUUUGUUUUUUUCUUUCCUACCACAUUGUCACCCCAGAACAACACUCAGUCAGCAAUGAAGAUUGACAAAACGGAUAUUGACAAGACAAUCCUGGAGUGGCUCAGAUCAGAACUAUGUACCUAUUGUGAACAAGAUGUACGAUAAUAUAAAGUUUAAAUAUUAUUUGACCUGUGGCUCAAAAGGCACCAGAUGAUUUAUUAUAUUGAGUUUAAAGGUGGGUUUGGUUGACCCAGUCUACCUCAUUGAGUUUGUGGGAAGUGACUGCUUUGUAUUAAACUGUUAAGUGCUACUGUGGAAAGGGGAAGGGAGGAAUGUUUUCAAUGCAGGCGCCUUUCUCGGUUAAGCAGGGAAACUUAAGCAGCUGGUUUGCUCCUCUCUGUGUUGCUUAUUAUUUACAGUAGUGAGCCAUUGCAACUUAUCACAAAACACAACGACAGAGCCUCUAUGACAGUCUAUCAGCACGAUCAUGCAUUAUUCAGAGCAAUCAAAUAUAAAAAGAAAAAAAAAUGGGUGUCUAAUUCUACGAAGCCACCUAAUCUAAAUGACUGUAGUUCUCAUGUAGCCAUUUUCCUUACUGUAUGUCUAUUUGCAUCUAGAAAUCAUGCUUUUAUUUCUCUUAUUUAAGCACACAACUGCAAAACCAAAUCCACUCUUACCCAGACAGUGUAACAGAAUGACUUUGCAGUGAAGCAGGGUGCUGUUUGAGGUUUGUUUUUUUUUUUCUUUUCCCCUUCUUAUUCUUCCUAUUGCCAGACGAUUAUGUUCGAUUCAGUCAACACUCACCUGACAAAGAUUGAUGCCUGAGGCUCUUGACUAUAACACAUUGUAAGUUAUGAUGCAAGACUACUAUUUUGUUUGCCAUGUUCAUAUUAAUUCUAAAUACCCUGUUUAUAUAGAUUUCCAUCACAUCACUCCAAGCAACUCCUCAUAUAUCUCUUUGUAAUACUUAGUGGACUGUUGUAAACUUACUGUAGUGAGCCUUUCUCUGCCGGAGCACAAGGCAGGCUGUAUAAUAACCCGUAAUGUGGUGUGAGAACUGUUGGCACUGUCUUCUUGAGGCUGAAGCGAAGGCUGAGAAAGACUUUAAAAGGGCAUUUGAUUUUCAUUCAUAUUAAAGUAAUUUAAAAGCAGUUAAAAAAAACCAACAAAAAACUAGUUAAUCUUCAGAGAAGGGAGUUGAACAAAGUCUCCACAGAUCGCAUAUAACUUUGUUCCUUCCUCCCCAGAUGUAUGACCUCAUAUUGAAAAGUAAUGCAACUUGUACAAACUGUAUAUAUGUUGGGGGGGCAAAAGCUGUUUAUCCUUCCCGUUUUUAAUGAAUAAAAUAAAAUCAAAAUUCUAGAGAAAUAAAAAUUGAUGGAAUAAGAGAAACCACUGGAUAUCAUUUUAUCAGAAAGAUUAAAUGUGUAUAUAUCUAUAAAUAUAUGUAAAAUGGAAAAACGAAGUAAUAUCUUGAUAUGUAUAUGACAGAGUGUGUUUUUUUUUUUUUUUUUUUUUGCAGUUACCUGUUUUUCUAUUAGCAUUUUUUGCUAUAAGACCGUAUACAGACAUAUUCAAAUUAGUGAUGGUUACCAUGUGUUCACCGACGAUCUGGAGGAGUGUUUGAGUUGAAUGAGAAAUCCGAGACGGAAUUCAUGUUUGAUAUUAAUCCUGAUAUUUCAUCAUGCAAAUAGAUCACCUUUUGGAAAACGACUGGUAGAACGGUGCGUAGCCUGUGUGUAUUUAUGUAAUAUUGGUCACAUAGAUUUCUUCCUUCAUUAUUAUUUAUGCUACUGCUUGUGAAAUACCUGAAAUGCUGAAAUUGGUCUUUUAAUUGGUAAUUGGUUACCAGUGGGUUUUUCCUUUCUUUCUUUUUUUCUUACUUUCUUUUUCUUUUCUUUUUUUUUUUUAAUUUUAAAGAUAAUUUUCCUGAUACUCUUGGUGAGUGUCAUAUCCACCCUGAAGAAGUGAACGUGUUUAUGUACCUUGUGAAAUGGCAAUAUAUGCAGUGUACGGUUUGAUUUUCAUAUUCAGCGAUUCAUCCCCAAUUUCCUUAAAGACCGAUGUUCACUUCUCAUAACGACUAUUAGCAGAACCCUUUUUUGUCGUGUACAUUGUCAUUUUAAAUCUCACUGACACUGAAUUUUUAGCAGAAGCCCAUCCUCCGAUUUGUUACAUAUUAAUUUAAAGUCUCCCUGCAUAUCAUUAAUUUAAUUAUACAUUAAAUACAUCGCUUUUUUUUUCUUUCCUUUUUAAGCCCAGCCUACUUUUUAAAAAAUAAAAAGAUGCUGCAUCUGUACAGCAGAGCUACUUUGAGGAAGAUAAACAUUUUUAUUGUAUGUGGCAUGUUUUGUAUGGAUAUAAUUUUGAAUUGUACAUAUUUUUUGAUGACAGAGGUUGCAUCACUUUAUAUACAGCUGCCCAUUACCCUUCCCUCUUCUCUUUUCUUUGUCUUUGCUUUUAUUUCUUGUAAAGAAAAAUAAAAUGCAUUUUAAAUACA